AUGCCAAAAACACCACAGUUCAGUCUUUCCAUUCAUUCUUUCACACCUCCAUCUCUCCCGGUCCGGCCGGCCGAUGCCCCAGCCUCGUUCUUCCGAUCCCCACUUAUUCCUUCCGCCGCCGCAGCCACGUCACCGCUGUGCUUCACCGUGUCUCUGCCGUCUUCUCGAGACACCAACCCUGUUGGCAAGACUUAA